CACAGGUAAAUAUUGAUAAUAAUAGCACAUAUAAUAGAACAAAUUAUUCCUAAGAUGAAUGAUUUUAAUCCAAGUCCAGAAAAUGGUUCAUGAGACACACAUGUGCUGGUUUUUCUAACCCAGACUAUGUCUACCUUCCUGUUAAGUGGACAGAAAUUUUCAUGACUUCUUCUCAGCUGAUGCUCACAGUGAACCAUCCUAGAAUAGUGAUCACAGCCAGCAGUGAGUUGUCUGAUGUUCUGAGCAGUGUUUAGGUGUUUCAUAAGAACACCAACAGACAUUCUAGGAGAUGGAUAUUAUGAAAAUCUCUGUGGUACAAAUGUUGAAACAGAAGCAUAGGAGACUUACUAAGACGGACAAGAUCAGGAUGUCACAAAUUGAGUGAACCUCGUGCUGUAACCAGGUGUGGCUUCAGGGUCCACAGCUUUCCUCACUGCUCUGUCUCAAGUAUUUCCUAACAAUAUUGGAAAUAUUUGGUGCCGUUCUGAGUCUCCUUAUUUUUUUGAUUAAGUGAGAUAUAUGAUGACUAUAUUUAUCUUGUGAGGUAUAGUAUCUAAGCCUGAUAGUGCAAUAUAAUGGCACUGACUUGGAUCCUCGAUGAGAAGUGCUAUUGUGGGUACUGCACACGUUCAUUUAAAAAAAUAUUAUCCACAGGUGUUACCAGCUCAAAGUAUUGCUUUGUUUUACUUGAUAUACUUGCAUUUAAUGCCACAAUCAUUUCUCAAGAUUCUCAACGGGGAGAUCUUUUUUUUCUGUUGAUUUGCUACUAUCAAUGCCAAGGUGUAAUGUGUUUUAAAUAACUACAUUUAAAGGUAUGGGGGACAGAGAUGACUCUGUCUGGAGUCAUUGAUGUUGAGAUAAACCAGUAAUUAAAGAUUUAUUAAGAGAAACUGAAAGGAAUUUGUUUCAAGAAGAAGCUCAAUAGCUAUUUCCUAAUGUCUACUACUGUUUAACUACUGCAUCAUGAGAGAAUGGAUUGACAGUAUUGUUUACACUUUGUAGCAAGCCCUGUUCUCCUGAGCCCCUUCUCUGAAAUAAGCCUUGUAGACGUAUAAAUGGGUCAGAACAACAAUGUCACUGAAUUCGUCCUGCUGGGCUUCACUCAGGAUCCUGUGGGGCAAAAAGCAUUAUUUGUUAUGUUUUUACUCACCUACAUUGUGACAAUGGUGGGAAACCUGCUCAUUGUGACGACAGUGAUUAUCAGUCCCUCCUUGGGCUCCCCAAUGUACUUCUUUCUUGCCUCUUUGUCAGUCAUGGAUGCUGUUUAUUCCACUGCCAUCUCACCCAAGUUGAUUGUAGACUUGCUCCGUGAUAAAAAGACAAUUUCCUUUACAGAAUGCAUAAGCCAGCUCUUUAUAGAGCAUUUAUUUGGUGGUGUUGAUAUUGUCAUUCUGGUGGCAAUGGCCUAUGAUCGUUAUGUGGCCAUCUGUAAGCCCCUGCAUUAUAUAAUUAUUAUGAAUCGACGAGUAUGUAUCCUUUUCUUAGUGAUAGCCUGGGCAGGAGGGUUUGUACAUGCUCUGUUUCAAGUUCUUGCUGUGUAUAAACUUCCUUUCUGUGGUCCCAAUAUCAUUGACCACUUUGGCUGUGACAUAUACCCACUAUUGCUACUUGCAUGCACUGAUACCUACUUCAUUGGCCUCUCUGCCAUUGUCAAUAAUGGGGCUAUGUGUUUAGUGAUCUUCAUCCUCCUUCUUCUUUCCUAUGGAAUCAUUUUAAGAUCUCUAAAGAUUCACAGUCAGGAAGGGAGGCGUAAAGCCCUGUUCACCUGUAGUUCCCAUAUCACUGUGGUUUUCCUCUUUUUUGUUCCCUGUAUUUUCAUGUAUGUUAGACCAGUUUGUAGUUUCCCUGUUGAUAAAUCUAUUACUGUGUUUUAUACAAUUGUCACUCCCAUGUUGAAUCCAUUAAUAUAUACUUUGAGAAACGCAGAGAUAAAAAAUUCUAUGGAAAAACUUUUCCAAAAACUAUUAAGUCCCAAUAGAAUAAAAUAACUAUUUGCAUUGUGAAUGUAAUUUGUAAAUAUUGGUUUUUUGUGUGAUUUUUAAUAAUUAGUGUAGUGUCUUGUAGUAUAAUUUUGUUGUAUUUUUAACCAUUUCUCAUGAAUUGCCUAUUUCAGUUUAUGUCACAUUUUCUUUAAUUUCUUUAAAUUUUUUUUAUACAUUGUAUUUUCAUCAUGGUUCUUCUUCUCUUCCAUCUCUUCCCAGAUCUUUCUUUUGCCCUUGUCUUUUCAUCCAACUUCAUGUUCUCUCUCUCUCUCUCUCUCUCUAUAUAUAUAUAUAUAUAUAUAUAUACAUAUUAUAUUAUAUUAUAAUAUAUAUUAUAUAUAUUCCCCACUCUCUCUUUCUGAAUUCCCUCUCUCAACUUUCCCAAAACCAAACUUCAAAUAACCUUCUAAAUUAACAACCGAAAACCCAACAAGGUAAAAGGCCAAACCAAACCAAAUGAGCCACACACACACACACACCAAACCCAAUAAAACCAAAUUCAUGGAAUUAAUUUUCUGUUGGUCAGCCAACUAUUCUUGGGCAUGAGUUCUGUCCUGGAGUGUAGUUACAACACCUAAUAACUGUCCAUUCAAAGAAUAUUUUCCUUUUUUUCUCCCAGCUGGUAUCAACUAUAGAUAGCUUGUUGGUUAGGUAUGGGACUUUGUGUACACUUCUCUUUUCAGUACUGGGAUAUUUUAUGUAACUUGAAUCUGUACAGGUAAUGUGUAUGUUGUCAAUCUCUGUGAAUCCAUACCUGCAAAAGUGUAUAAAAAACAAUAUUCCUUGAAUUCAUCCAUGGCUUCUGACUUUUACAAUCUUUGUUCGUUUUCUUCUGCUUAGGUCCUAAUAUUAUUUCCUACUUUGAUAACAUUCCAUGUCCUGCAUAUCUUAUGUUAAUCUACUAUGGAUCUCUUUCCAGAAUGUUUAAUUUGGUGAAUUUAUUUUUUUUCUAAUUUAAUAGUUUAUUAUUAGAUGCCAGUGAAAAAGGUUUUGAAAUAUAAUAAAAUAUAUUCUUUCAAAUAAUUUUAUUUAAGCAACAUGCCUGCAAUAGGAAUAGCAUUGGCUGGUGCUAUGUUCACUGUGUAGGUUGUAUAGAGAAGAGCUAAUAUUCUGAUCUCAGUAAACGUUUCAGGAACAGGAAAAGCCACCUUUCUGUGGUGUUUAGAAUCUGUCAGUAGUUUUGUUCUCAGUUUGUUGUCAUCAACCACAAGUUUCACAUUUUUCUUUGAUGUUUGUACUUUCUGUUAUUUUAAUUAAACUUUUAAAAUGCUUUAUAUCAUGUAUUUUCUAGUGAUUGUGACAAAUAUGUGAGAAAGUUAAAUCAUGAAAUUAUAUACUUUAUCAAGAUUCUUUAUAUAAUGUGAUGAAGUUUUUUUUAAUUCCUUGAAUUUGUUAGAUAAAUGUGAUAUCAUGUUAAAAUAAAUAUUUUUGUUUCCAAUAAUUUUUGCCCAAUAUUUAUGACAUAUAUCCUCAUUAUGUUGAUGCAUUAGUUAAAAUUGAAAAAUAAAGAUCAUUAUUUGGAAGAUAAUCCCUAGUUUAUUUCAUGCAUGCAGUCAAAGUGUAUUUAGAAAUCUCUCCAGUAACAAGAUUUUGGGUUUAUUAUUAAUGUCCAUAACUUCCUCGCAGAAUCCUUUAAUCUACAUUCUGAUAACGUCAGUAAUGGCCAGUGUCUUAUUAAGUUUUAUCAAAGAAAAGUCAUUAUAAGUUGCACACACUUAAAUCACAAUCAAUAUGGAGGGUUGUAGUUGUUGGUCACAUGAUUUAUGGGGCAAGAAGUUUUCUUAAAUAUACUGCUGUUUCUCUUUCUUCAACAUAUGUAUAGUAAUUUUAAGUGAUUUAUGAACUAAUGUGUUAUAAGCAACAGAAUCACUUUGGUAAUGCAAGCUCUGUGAUAUAUUACUUAUAAAAAAGCUAAAAAAUAGGGAGUUGAAAAAUUACAUGGAAUAAAUUACUGAGGGAAAAUGUAUGCUUAUCCAACUCUAAACUUAUUUUUGUAUUAAAAAAUCAAAAUAUCUCUCUUUAUGGAUGGAAUGAUCCUAUACUUAAACUAUACUAAGGACUCCACCAGAAAAUUAGUUAUAAAAACCAUCUUUAAUUAAGUGACAGGUUUACAAAACCAUUAUUCAAAAACAAAUGGAAUGAGAGAUUGGAUGCAGAGUAAUGGAUAGAUCAUGGGAAAGAAUAACUUUUCCCAUAUAUAUUUAAUUGAUUAAUAAAUUGCAUGUUGUUGAGUAAAGAAAUCUAUACAAUUACUGCCAAGGCCCAAGGGCCAUUAUUGAGGAGUCAGGAAGUGGAAAAAUUGCAAAAGUCAGAGGAAAAUGGGGACUAAAGUAAAACAGUAUCUUCUGAUCCUGAAAGAUAGCAAACCACGAAACUACAAAAUGCCCACAUUUUAGGAUAGUACCUACCACAUAAAACUACCAUAUAGAAUGUUUUUGAAAUCACUGAUUCAACCCUUCUUUGCAUACGUGCCAUGCACAGUUCCAUUAUUUUAAUUAUGUUAACAACAUUUUACCUCAUAACUUUUGUAGAAAUCAGGUAACUCUUAGAAACAGUCAAGUUCCUCUACAUAGGUGAGAAGGGCUUUGAUGACCUUUUUCUUUUAGUCACUGAUUUGAUUCUUUAGAUGCAGAAAUAGUGGAAGAGACAGAGAUUCGGGAAGAAAGCUGCAAAAUACUAUCUUCUCAACACGACAGGGUCAUUCCAUUCAUGAACCCACAACAUCUGAAUUUGCCUGAUCAAAUCAAUCAGUCACAUAUGGGAGAGGACUUCACAGGCUACUUCCCUAGCUGAGGAUCUAUUUAAAGUUAAUAGUCUCUGGGUGAGAGGAAGUUUUCUCCCUUAUGUGGCUCCUGGUACUGGUAUAUUACUAAUGCUGCAGUGGAUGACCCUGCACUAAUGCUUAUGUUGAUGGUCUAAUUGAAAACAGACGAAGUAUAAAAAACAAAAAAUAAUAGAUAGGUGGAAAAGAUGUGAAGUUGGGAUGGUUAUGUGGCAGGGGUUUCAUAUGAGUUGGAGAGACUGAGUGUGAGCAUUAUUAAAAUAUAUUGUGCAUACUCAUGAAAUUGCCAAAACAGUACAAAUUACUUAUAAUUAUCAUAUGUACUCACUCAUAAUUGGUUUUUAAGUAUAAAACAAAGAAAAUCAGCCUACAAAUCACAAUCCCAGAGAACCUAGGCAACAAUGAGGAUCCAAAGAGAGACAUAUACGUGUCUAAUCUACAUGGAAAUUUAAAAAAAUACAAGAUCUCCUGAGUAAAUUGGGAGCAUGGGGACCAUGGGAGAGGGUUGAAGGGGAGGGGAGAGGAGGGAGAAGAGCAGGGAAAAAUGUAUAGCUCAAUAAAAUCAAUAAAAAAAUUAGAGAAUCACCCCCGCAACAAAGGUCUGAUCUCCAAAAUAUAUAGAGAACUCAAGAAACUAGACUUUAAAAUGCUAAUUAACCCAAUUAAAAAAUGGGGCACCGAGCUGAACAGAGAAUUCUCAACAGAAGAAGUUCAAAUGGCCAAAAGACACCUAAGGUCAUGCUCAACCUCAUUAGCAAUCAGGGAAAUGCAAAUCAAAACAGCUCUGAGAUACCAUCUUACACCUGUCAGAAUGGCUAAAAUCAAAAACACCAAUGAUAGCCUUUGCUGGAGAGGUUGUGGAGAAAGGGGUACACUCAUCCAUUGCUGGUGGGAAUGCAAACUUGUGCAACCACUUUGGAAAGCAGUGUGGCGGUUUCUCAGGAAAUUCGGGAUCAACCUA